UUUUGAGUAACUCCUGUCAUCAUGAAUGCCAGAAAACAGUGAGUGCAUAGAUGGAGAGGAGUAUCCCAUUGAUAUUUGGCUACUGCUUGCUGCAUACAUUCGGCCAGAAGACGUCUGCAGAUUCUCCUUGAUCUGCAAGAAUGCUUGGACUGCCACGUGCACAGCUGCAUUUUGGACACGACUCUACAAAAGGCACUAUAAUCUUGAUGCAGACCUCCCCGAUCGCCUUCAACCUGAUUCUGUUGCAAAGAUGCGUUGUCUUCGUGCACGUGUUAUUCGCUCGCUUUUUCACUUAUAUGAGCCCUUUAGCUUGCGGGUGUCCAAAAGCCCUCCUCUCCCUGAAUCUACACCUACCACACUCCUCAAUUCCAAGUGUUUGUUGUGUUGGGUCAACAAAGUUUCUGGAAGUAGGUCAGAGCUGAUGUGGGAGUUCAACUUCAAGUUUGUGAAACUGCCAACCAAGGGCAAAUUCACCAUUAAUGUGAGCACAGACAUGAGGCACCACCGAGUGCGCCUGGAUUUCCAGGAUUCACCAGUCAUCCGAGGGAAGAAGUUUAGGGGUGAACAAGGGGUGCAGGUAGUGCUGGACCCUGUCCACAGCGUGCGCCUCAUGGACUGGUGGCACCCUCAGUACCCCACAUCCUCAUAUAAUUAG